CCAUGCCUAUUCUAACGCUGUACAAAUUCUCACGGUAACCGUCCUUUCACGCCGCCAUUUCUACGAAGGAAAGUCGCUGGCUCACCACUGUUCAAAGAUUUUUAUUUUGUCUUUGAUUAAGUCGGCCAGAUAAUAAACAUGUCUUACAAAGAUACUAAAGCUCCCACUGAUGAGGCCCCUAUCCACAGGAUCAGGAUCACACUUACCAGCAGAAACGUAAAAAGUCUGGAAAAAGUGUGUGCUGACCUGAUCAAGGGUGCCAAGGAAAAGAACCUUAAGGUCAAGGGACCAGUACGUAUGCCAACUAAAAUCCUCAGGAUUACAACCAGGAAAACACCUUGUGGUGAAGGUUCCAAGACCUGGGAUAGAUUUCAGAUGCGUAUUCAUAAGCGUCUGAUUGAUCUUCACAGUCCAAGUGAGAUUGUCAAACAGAUCACCUCCAUCAGUAUCGAACCUGGAGUCGAGGUUGAGGUCACCAUCGCUGACGCUUAGAUUCUCUCCCCUUAAACUUGUCAAAAGUGGAGUAAACAAAUAAAAAAAUUGCAAAAGCA